GCCAAUUGGGGGAGAUUGGGUUCAAACAGGCCCCCGAAGUGCAAAGACCCCUCCGCUUUUCAAGCCUCUUUCCUGGUUGGUCUGCCUCGAGCGUCCCGCGCAUUCUGCGGCUAUUAAAGCAGGACUUUGAGCACCGAAGGGCACAUUUCUUUCGCGUUAUCACUCCGGGAAGAAGUAUCAAGAUGAGCGGCAGAGGCAAGACCGGCGGCAAGGCCCGAGCAAAGGCCAAGACUCGUUCCUCCCGUGCCGGACUGCAGUUCCCGGUCGGUCGCGUCCACAGGCUGCUGCGGAAAGGCAACUACGCCCAGCGCGUCGGCGCCGGCGCCCCCGUCUACUUGGCGGCCGUGCUCGAGUACCUGACCGCUGAGAUCCUGGAGUUGGCCGGGAACGCAGCCCGCGACAACAAGAAGACCAGGAUCAUCCCCCGUCACCUGCAGCUGGCCGUCCGCAACGACGAGGAGCUCAACAAACUCCUGGGCGGAGUGACCAUCGCUCAGGGCGGCGUGUUGCCCAACAUCCAGGCCGUGCUCCUGCCCAAGAAGACCGAGAAGGCAGCCAAGUCCAAGUAAAAGUCCACUCAGACGCCGCACUAACCCCGAAACGGCUCUUUUAAGAGCCACACACUUUCCUAUAAGAGCGUUUCAUUCCCUUAAUUGUCCAUACUCGUCAAUGAGUAAGAAGUUGA